AACUGAAACGUGAAUAUGCUUACGCUGACGGGGGUUUUGUCGCGGCGGGAGCAUGACUAUUCAAACUGGGGUCUGUUUGCUGCUGAUAAGAGGUUAUCCCGUCAGGAACAUGUCCGUUGUGCAAAGAAUUUUGGUUGGUCGUAUGUGCAUUUCUUCGUUACUUUUAUAGUCGCAGUUGGAUACAUUGACUGCUAGUUUUUAAUAUGUACUAUGGAGCAUUAGUGGAACUUGGGCGGAGGUGAGAGGUUAGUCGGAAAGGUGUUUCGCACGGAUGUUGCAUGUUUUAACCGAAUAGAAGAAUUCAUUCGAUUAUUCCCAUUACUAUAAGUAAGGUACGGCGACAAAACAAAUAUGUAUUUACUACGAACAAAAGGCUUGUUUUUACGUUUCCCUGAUUGAAGCAAAAAUGAAAAGCUGUUUCACAAUGACAGUGUCGGAACAGAGGAUUUUGAAGUCUUUCAGACUUUUAUCAACAGAUGCCAAAGAGCUGUACUUAAGAUCAGCUGUUCCAGUUGUGGAUAGUCCUGUUUCACCAUUGGAAUUUUACCGGGAUUGGGUUGCGCCUAACCUUCCUGUCCUGAUCAAAGGUGCAGUGAAUACUUGGCCAGCCAUCAGAAAAUGGAAUGUGCAGUUUUUUAGGGAUUUCCUGGGUAAAAAACUAGUGACUGUUGCUGUAACACCAAAUGGUUAUGCUGAUGCCAUUGUCACAGGCAGUGGAGAACCAUCUUCAGAAUACUUUGUGACUCCAGAUGAAAGGGUUAUGCUUAUGUCAGAGUUUUUGGAUGCUCUUGAAAAUAAUGAUCAGUAUCCUGGGGUGUUUUAUAUCCAACGUCAGAAUUCAAACCUGACAAAAGAUUUCCCAGAAUUGGUUACUGAUGUAGGAAGAGACGUUCCAUGGGCCACGGAGGCCUUCGGCUGUGAGCCUGAAGCUGCUAACAUAUGGAUGGGUGACAAACGGGCUGUCACCUCAAUGCAUAAAGACCCAUUUGAAAACAUUUACUGUGUAGUCUCUGGCUACAAGGACUUCAUUCUUCAUCCUCCAACUGAUCGGCCAUGGAUUCCCUACAAGAAGUUUCCUCUUGCAAGAUACAAGGAGAUAUCCCCUGGAAUUUUUGACAUAAUACCCUGUGGUAAUGUCCAACGUAAUAAUAACAAUUCUGAUUCAGAAAAAGAGAAUCCACAGCACUCUUACUGUAAUGAUUGUCCAGGUGCUGCAACAGCAAGCUCUGAAGUAUGCAGUAAGGAAAAGGCUUUACAUAACAGUUUUGAACUAAUUCAUAACAAUUUAGGUGAAGAAUCUGAUUUGUCUGAUGGAUUUGUAAAUUAUCUCAGCAAAUUAGAAAUAGAUGAUUGUGUGAAAGCUGAGUCUAAGGUUCUCUAUAAAAUGUAUGUUAAUGAACACAAAGUUAAAACUACAUCGCAUGGAGGCCCAUGCCAAGUGUGCAAUAAAGAAAAUUACAAGCAAACACUAACUUUGUCUGAUGAUGAAGAUGGAUGUCAGGAUGCAUCACAGACAUCAUCACACAGUUUAAGUGCCAGCAUUGUCCCAUGGAUCUGUAUUGAUCCAUUAUCGCCUGAUUUUGCCUCAUAUCCGCAAUACAGAAAUGCAACUCCUAUCCGAGUCAGAGUCGAAGCAGGAGAUGUGUUGUAUUUACCAUCUCUGUGGUUUCAUCAUGUUCAGCAAUCACAUGCUUGUAUUGCAAUAAAUUACUGGUAUGACAUGCAGUAUGAUCUUAAAUAUGCUUAUUUUCAGUUUCUGGAAUCACUUGUAAUGAAAUCAUAGUUGUGUUUAUUGCCAUUACUUUAAAUUGGAUUUUUAGCCUUUUUCUACUUCAUUUAAUGCUCAUAAUUAAAAUGUUUUUGAAGAAACCUGCAUAAAAAAUCCAUGUCUGUGUCGGGCUUUUCCAUGUUGAUUUUCUAAUAACAAUCCUUAAUGAUUGAGGCAACUUGUUCAAUCUCAUUUGAAAGGAAUAUGACUGGGAAGUUUAAUAUAAGUGAAGAAGAAAUUGAUUAUGAAAUGGAAGAUUGUAAGUCACAUAUAUUUUAUUUGUCUGGAGUUGUGAAAUAGUUCAUUGUCAGAGAACUAUAUGAAGCCCAUUUCAUGCUGUUUACAUGCUUUGGUCUACACAAAGUACCAUAACAUAGUGUACAGAAUCAUGAGAGCAAAUAACACUAAUAGUGUACAUUACAAAUUUGGUACUGUUUCACAAAUCAGGUUAAUUAAUUGGUUUCAAGUUUGUAAAUAAAGUGAGAUGUAUAUUUAAAAUAAUAUGCGAAAACUUGUUUGGUGUUGUCUCUUGUUUGUGCACCUAAAUGUGAGCAACCUUACCAGAAUGCAUGAGAAGGGAACAUACGUAAUUACCAUUUUGUAGAUAUUUGAUUGUCUUGUUCUUGACACCAAAAAAUGUAGCCUGCUUAUUAAAGUUCCUCUUCAACAUUGGUGUAUGGAAGUUUUACUGAAUAAAGAAUUAUGCAGUUGAGAUGAUUUAAA